AUGGAAAAACGAAUUGAAUUGGAAAUGAGGGGCAGAGACGCCAGCAAGAUCAAGGACUUAAAUUUAGACAACUGUAGAGCAUCUGCCAUUGAAGGACUUUCCAGUGACUUUUGUAGUCUAGAAUCUUUGAGUCUCAUAAAUAUCGGUUUAAAUUCAUUGAAUGGAUUCCCCAAAUUACCAGCAUUAAGAAAGCUUGAAUUAAGUGACAACAGAAUAACAUCAGGAUUAGCAGCAUUAAAAGGCUGUCCUAAAUUAGAAGCUUUAAGUUUAAGUGGAAAUAAGAUCAAAGAUUUUGAAUCAUUAGAACCAUUAAAAGAAUUAGAAAAUUUGAAAAGUCUUGAUUUAUUUAACUGUGAAGUUACAAAUGAAAAUGAUUACAGAGAACAAGUAUUUAAGUUAUUACCUCAGAUCACAUAUUUAGAUGGGUUUGAUAUAGAAGAUCAAGAAUAUGAUGAAGAUGGAGAUGAUGAUGGUGAUGAUGAUGAUGAAGAUGACGAGGUCGGGUUAGAAGAUGAAGAUGACGAGGAUGGUGAAAAUGAUGUAGAAGAUGGAGGUGAGAUUUGA